AUGCUCCGACUUUUCGUAUUGCUGGUUUUGAUAAGCUUAAGCGUAUCCGGUCAAUUUGGAGAGUGGUGUAACGGUGAGCAUUGUGACUACGAUAAGAAAUGCAUUAACUAUCCAAGUGGGCCAAAAUGCGGGAAUCGAUUGGAGGGAGAGGGAAAUUUCCCGCCAUUGAGACGAACUCGGCCUAAACGUCACAAUGAGGAUAUUGUUUGUGAUUCUACUCCUUGUGCGAAAGGAAAAUGUGUCCCAGGAAAUGGCGAUGAACCAAGUCGUUGUGUU